AUGAGGCGGCUCGCAGCUGUGGGAGAAACUGGAGGACCAGCACCACAAGAGCCUCCCGAUUCUGUUGGAUUCAAUAAUAAGAAAUCAGACGAUGAAGCAAAAGAAGGCGAUGAAGAAAGAAAGGUCACCAAUGAGACAGCUAACGGAAUCGAGCUCGAUGCGAACCAGAAACAACACUUCCAAUCUCCCACGUCCACGUGGCGUCGACGCAUGUACGGGCCUGCUGAUCUUGUGAAAAUCUUCAUUCCAGUAUCAAUCUGUAUGCUGUUGGUCGUGGUUUGCGUAAGAAGCAUUGAAAUCUACAGAAAAGACUACAGGCUUCCUGUGUAA